AUGAGUGAGGAAUUGGAUUAUCAGUUAACUCACCUCCACGUGGUCACGCGCUCACUCGAGAACUUUAAGAAAACCGGUCGUUUAAAUUAUACGCCGGCUAAAAUCCGAGCCAGGAUUGCGUCCCUCAAGGAAGCGUGGACGCAAUGCAUUCGAGGUCACGCCGUGCUACUUCGCCUCUACCCCGUUCAGGAGCGGAAGGGCAUCGCUUAUUUCGAAGAGGAUCAGAUUGAAGCGCAUCAGGAAGUGUACCAAACAUCGUUGGACUUCAUGACGGAAUGGCUGGAAGAGAUGGAGCCCUGCGUGAGUCCUAACCGAUCAGCCGCGGAUCUCUCUCUUAGUCGGACGGAGACGUCGUCUUUUUCUCUGCAGCAUCUCCCGCCGAUUCAAUUACCUCCAUUUUUCGAAAAUUUUACCGAGUGGGAGAGCUUUCGCGAUUGCUUUUACGCUUUAAUAAUAGAUAAUAAAGAUUUGUCCGAUUAUUCACACAUGCAUUUCUUAGCGUCAAGUAUCACGGGCUCAGCGCGUGAUGUGAUAGCCGGGAUUCCGAUUACAGCAAAUAACUUUUCGGUAGCGUGGAAAGCCCUCCUAACUCGAUUCGAAAAUAAGCGCAGGCUUAUCAAGAUUCACGUCGCGACAUUACAUAAUCUGACUCCAAUCACGCGGGAAUCAGCCGUCGAAUUACACACCCUCCACGACAAAGCGGAAAAGGCGAUUUCCGCUCUGAAGUGCCUCAAUCGUUCGCCGGAGGAAAUGUUAAGCGAUAUAUUAGUGUAUUUUGUCGUUCAAAAAUUAGAUCCAUCAACCCGUCGGGCAUGGAAAAUCAAAGGCAGUACGGAGUCCGCUCCGCUCAGCUUUGAAGAUUUAAUUAAAUUUAUCUCGUAUCGCGCUCUAGCGCUUGAAGAAUUAACACCAUUGACAGAAAAACCAAACAGGAAUGUCAAAUCUAAUAACGCAACUCUGGCACUUUGGAGCUCACAUGCCCAUUAUAGUCCGAUUCAACGACGCGAAAUUGUCGAACGUUUGAAACGAUGCUUUAAUUGCCUAAGCCAAAAGCAUUCAGUGAAUGACUGCCAUACGGCAGUGCCUGCCUCCGCCAGCGCUAAUAGUGCAAUUGCGCAGUCAGACCAUCCCGUCUGCGAUGAUGUCUCUUCGACACCUUCGCAAGCCGUAGCAAUGUCUUCCGUUUCAUUACGCGGAAGUCCGGUUUCGGUAUUACUCGCUACGGCGAAAAUAAUUGUGGAAUCCGAGCACCGACGCCAACUAACCGUCAGAGCCUUAAUAGAUCAGGGCUCAGAGGUCACGUUCAUUACCGAACAACUAGCUCAAACUUUGCGCCUUAAUCGAAUGCGAACAUUUACAACCAUAUCGGCGGUCGGCUGUUCAGACGCGGGUCUUUGCCGACAUGCUGCUUCCGUCAAAAUAGUAUCUCGCUAUUCAGCGGAGACAACGUUUACUACCAUCGCAUUUAUUUUCAAAUCUCUUACUAAAUACCAUCCUCGUUGCUCGCAAGAUGUUGACAACUGUCAAAUUAUUUUAGACGGUGUUCGUAUGGGCCCCAUCGGGCUUCCGGUCGCUCAAAACUCCCACUUUGGUAGACUUAUUUCCGAUCCGACACUUUCUCCGACAUCUGAUGCACAAUCUAUUAAUGUUUUUCAUUGCGCAUUGGAGCGGGAAUUGAUACGAUUUUGGGAAAUUGAGGAUGUUCCUCUGCGUAAGUUCUUAUCCCCAGCCGAACAACGAUGCGAGGAGCACUUUGUAACCACUCAUUUGCGUGACGUCACCGGAAAAUAUAUCAUGCAUCUCCCGUUCAAAACCGAAGAGUCGCCGGAUGUCGGAGAAUCGCGCACUGUUGCCAUGAGAUCACUCUUAGCCCUCAAUCGUCGACUCCAGUCGAAUAACGAGCUCAAAACGGAAUACUCGGCAUUCCUUCGUGAGUACGAGACCCUCGGUCAUAUGAAGAAAAUUUCGUCUCCGACGGAAUUACUAAAACGAGUCAUAUAUAUUCCGCAUCAUCCAGUAGUGCGAGAUUCAAGCUCAACAACUCGAGUCCGCGUCGCCUUUAACGCGUCAAGCUUGACAACGAACGGCUCAUCUUUGAAUUCUAAUCUUUUCCUCGGGCUGAAGCUGCAGACGGAUUUGACAGCAGUCCUACUAAGAUGGCGGCAACAUCGAUAUGAGUAUCAAUUGCUCACAGUCACAUAUGGCACCGCUUCAGCUCCUUUCCUCGCCCUUCGCGUACUUAAGCAAUUGAUAAUUGACGAGGGCGGAGCGUUUCCACUUGCGUCCUCGAUUUUGACAAAUCACAUUUAUGUCGACGAUGUGCUGUUCGGCGCGGAGGAUAUACCGUUGCUGCGUUGUGCGCGUGAGCAAGUAUGUGACCUCCUUGCGAAAGGCGGAUUUACACUGCGCAAAUGGGCCAAUAACAAAUUAGAAUUGCUAAAUGACAUUUCGUCAGAAAAUUACGGCCUGCUUGUAACCGCCCAUUAA